AUAGGUCCCCUCCCCCACCCCUGCCGGGGGAGGGGAACCGGCAGCCGUGGCUGCUGGGGCCGACGGGGUCGGUCGUCGUCAUGGAAUACCCGUGGGAUGAUCUGACCCUGGCCUUCUCCCGCACGUCCAUGUUCCCCUUUUUUGACGUCGCCCACUACCUGGUGUCGGUGAUGGCGCUGAGGCAGUGGCCAGGAGCAGCGGCAGUGGCGUGGAGCAAUCCCGUGUCCAGCUGGUUGAGUGCUAUGCUCCACUGCUUUGGUGGAGGAAUUUUGUCCUGUGUACUGCUUGCAGAGCCUCCAGUGAAGUUCCUUACAAACCACACGAAUAUUUUACUGGCUUCUUCAAUCUGGUAUAUUGUAUUUUUUUGCCCACGUGACCUAGUUUCCCAGGGCUAUUCAUAUCUACCUAUUCAGCUCCUGGCUGCGGGAAUGAAGGAAGUGACCAGAACUUGGAAAAUAGUAGGUGGAGUCACACAUGCUAAUAGCUAUUACAAAAAUGGCUGGAUAGUCAUGAUAGCUAUUGGAUGGGCCCGAGGUGCAGGGGGUGUUAUUGUCACAUCUUGUGAACAGUUGCUAAAAGGAGAUUGGAAACCAAAAGGUGAUGAGUGGCUGAAGAUGUCCUUCCCCUCCAAGGUGACGCUGCUGGGGUCAAUCAUCUUCACUUUCCAGCAGACCAAGCAUCUGGCAGUGUCAAAGCAUGAUCUCAUGUUCCUUUACACCUUCUUUCUCGUGACCAUAAAGGUAACUAUGAUGGUGACAAAGGAUUCCACUGUGACUCUUGCUCCCUUUGAGGAUACCUUGAGCCGGAUGCUGUUUGGCUGGCAGCAGCAGUUUUCAAUGAGUGAAAAGCAAACGGAAUCAAAACCGUCUUCCAAUGGUACUACCUCGUCAGCAUCCAAGCCCACCAUAGAGGAUCUGGAUGAUGCUAAGAGGCUUGCCAAGAAAGAAGACUGACGAUUUUGCCUGAGCUUAGGAGGCAAACGGGGAAGAGUUACUUAUUUGAGUUAGAGUGUGGUCGUGUUUCUACGUAAAUGACGUGAUGUAGGCUUCUCUGUGAGGAUAGGGGAGACAGGAAGGAAGAGAUGCUUUGCUUCAGGUACACCGCUCUGUCGAUAGUAACUCUUGGGGUCACGAGUGUAUCAUGUGAAUUUAUUUUUCUGGUGUAAGAGAUUCUCAUAAUUAUUUGAAUAGUUUUAUAUAGAUAAAACGAUACUUUUUUAAAUGGUAGAAAACUUUUGUUCACUUGUUACUACAAAAUUCUAAGGCUUUCACACUUAUAAAAUUCAGUAUUUUUUUCACUUUUUGAAUGAUUCUAAUUGUGUUUUAAUUCUGUAGAAUUAAACUUUUACUUUAUAUUUCCAGUAUAAUUCCUGUAUAUAGAGGACAGUUCCUAUUUAAAUUUGAACAUGGAGAACUUUUGCUAACUAAUUUUUAACUGAAAAUAAACCGAUAGUGUAUA